AUUCAAGUCAUGGACUGCAGCGAGCGGGGGAACCAUUAGGAGCCGGUGGCAAGAAGAGGAAGAGGAAGAAGAAGAAGAAGAAGAAGAAAGCCUCUUUAUUUGCAACACACGGAUGAUGAUGAUGGUGAUGGUGAUGGUGAUGAUGCUGCCACACCACCCGGACCGGACACACUCUCCCUGACAAGCGGAAUUAUUAGUAAUAGCUGCGCUUAUGUAAUCAAUACACCGGAUUGCUUUGAAGGUGUCGGGGUGGUGGUGUUGUUGGUGGGGGGGGGGGGGGGAUGGACAUAUAGCAUCCCGUGGAUCUUUUUUCCCCGUUUUAAAAUACUGUAUUCCGCGUGCGAUUUCUUCUUCUUUGUGUGUGUGUGUGUGUGUGUGUGUGUGUGUGUAGAGGAGCCUAUGGCAACCCAUUUGUCCCGAUGCGACGCGUGUGAUGGUUGCAGUGGGACGGAUAUCCUUAAAUUCUACCCAAUAGGCGAUCUCAGGGCUUCUUUUUUUGGUGUGUCGGACGCUUCUUGCACUCCCCCCCACCCCCCCUUUUUGUUCCUUUACUGACCUCAACGCCGCUUUUUUAAAAGAAAAUGGGAAAUUCAUUGUCUGAUCUUGUGCAUAUUUUUUAAUUUUUUUUUUGUUGAGUAAAUGACCCCUCGUGGUUUGCCAAAUCCCACCCACCAAAAGUCCACUUUGGUUGCAAUUUUUUCUUUUUUCUUUCCGUCGCUCUCAAGUGGGAUUUGAUUUAUUUAGCGGAAAAAAAACCUGUGACUUGUAUUUUUUUUGGGGGGGGGGGGGGGGGGGGGUGGGUGUGUGUGGGGGGGGUGGGGGAGAGAGAGAAAAGAAGGGGCCUAUAUACAGACUUGAUCAUCUCCCCCCUAUUUAAACAACAAACAAACUGCAGGAUUUCCUCCUUCCUCAGUCCAGAGGAAUAUCUCCAAGUCCAACGGGGGUGACUGCUGGGGCUGUCUUAUCGGCGCUCAGUAGACGACAUCCGAGAGGGGGGGGGGGGGGGGGGGGGGGGGAGAUGGUGGUGGUGUCGCGCACCGCAGAUUGGCGCAACUCUUUCUGAAUGUUUGGCGUUUUUCGCCGGCGAGCAUCUUGACUUGUGAUCGAGAGAGACGCGCGGACUGCAGCAGGAAAGGGAAAACUCACCCCCCGUUCACAUGGAGAUUUGUGCCUCGCUCGUGCUGCAAACCCUGAAACCGGGGACCGGGGCCCUGCUGGCUUUACCUCCACUGCCCUCAGCCUCGACUCCAUCCAUUCGAAAAAAUGCAGAACACAAACAGCAGAUGAACUAUGAAUGCUGAACAAAAUGAUCUCCUCCCUCCAGCGCCAGACAAUGAGAGGUCGUAGGCUGAAGGGGGCGCUGUCCAACCCCCUCUUCGUGCUUCUUUUGGCCCUCCAGAUCUUGGUGGUGGCCGGGCUGGUUCGCGCUCAGACCUGUCCUUCCGUCUGCUCAUGCAGCAACCAGUUCAGCAAAGUCAUAUGCACCCGCCGCAGCCUACGGGACGUCCCGGAUGGCAUUUCCACCAACACUCGCUACCUGAACCUCCAGGACAACCUCAUCCAGGUCAUCAAGGUGGACAGUUUCAAACACCUGCGUCAUCUGGAGAUCCUGCAGCUGAGCAAAAACCACAUCCGCAACAUUGAAAUUGGCGCCUUCAAUGGACUGGCCAGUCUCAACACCUUGGAGCUCUUUGAUAAUCGGCUUACGACAAUCCCCAAUGGAGCAUUUGAGUACUUGUCCAAGCUAAAGGAAUUAUGGCUACGGAACAACCCCAUCGAAAGUAUACCAUCUUAUGCCUUCAACCGGGUCCCCUCGCUCCGAAGGCUGGAUCUAGGUGAGCUCAAACGUCUCUCCUACAUUUCCGAUGGAGCCUUCAAGGACUUGAGCAACCUGCGCUACCUGAACCUGGGAAUGUGCAACCUCAAGGAGAUCCCCAACAUCUUACCCUUGGUCAGGCUCGAGGAGCUAGAAAUGUCAGGAAACCAGCUCUCCGUCGUCAAGCCCAGCGCAUUUUUAGGAUUAGUGAACCUCCAGAAGCUGUGGAUGAUGCACGCCCAGGUCCAAACGAUCGAGAGGAAUUCCUUCGAUGACCUUCAGUCACUGGUGGAGCUCAACCUGGCUCACAACAACCUUACGUUUCUACCGCAUGACCUCUUCACGCCGUUGCAUCGCCUGGAGCGGGUCCACCUCCACCACAACCCUUGGAACUGCAACUGUGAUAUCCUGUGGCUCAGCUGGUGGCUGAAGGAGACGGUGCCGGCCAACACCAGCUGCUGCGCCCGGUGCCAUUCCCCUGCAGUCUUUAAAGGCCGCUACAUUGGGGAAUUGGACCACAGCUACUUCCAGUGUGACGUUCCCGUCAUCGUGGAGCCACCCAGUGACUUGAAUGUGACAGAGGGCAUGGCCGCCGAGCUCAAAUGUCGUACGAGCUCGCUGACAUCCAUCAGCUGGCUGACGCCAAACGGCUCGUUGGUGACACACGGGGCUUAUAAGGUGCGUCUGUCCGUGCUCAAUGACGGGACACUGAACUUUACCACCGUCACGAUGCAGGACACUGGGACUUACACCUGUAUGGUUAGCAACACAGCGGGCAACAUUUCUGCCUCCGCUGUGCUUAAUGUCACUUCCGUGGAAAACAGUGGGGUGACCUAUUUUACCACCGUCACCGUGGAGACCAUCGAGACCCCGGGGGAUGAUAGCCAAACGCCGCUUCCCCCAUUCGGCUGGGUGUCGACCUCCACGACGAGAGGCACUCCCAUUUCAACGAGGACCACAGAGCGGACUUACACAAUUCCAGUUCUUGAUCCGGACGGAGAGGGCGCCCUCAAUGGCCUGGACGAGGUGAUGAAAACCACCAAGAUCAUCAUCGGCUGCUUCGUGGCCAUCACGCUCAUGGCUGCCGUUCUGCUGGUCAUUUUCUACAAGAUGAGGAAGCAGCACAACCAGCAGGACCCCGAUGGCCCCGCGUCCUCCAUGGAGGUCAUAACAGUCGAAGAAGAGCUCGCAGGCGUCGCCGCCAUGGAGAGGCACCUAUCGCUGCCCCCUCUGGAGCACUACAACCACUACAACACCUACAAGAGCGCUUACCACCACGGUCCAAUGCUCGGUACCCUCCAUAGCUCAGCUAGUUUUGAAAACCUAAAAAUUAAGGCUGUAACUAACAACCAUUUAAAUGAAUCUGCAGUUUAUCUUAUCGAGUAA